AUGACGUCAAAAAUAGCUAAACGCAAGUUGGAACCCAAUGGAUCAGAGUGUCCUGUACAGCAAAAGAAGCAGAAAUCGGUCAAGAAGGCAAGGCAACCGCACGCUGUUGGCAAACCUAAAGGUGGUGGCCGGCCGGUUUCGCAAGCAUUUAAGAAACGCAAGACAAACGGCUAUGUGGAACCCAGCGUCGAAGAGAAGAAAAGCAACAAAAUUGCAGAAACCUUCCGACGGGAGCUAGAAUCUGGAGUGAUGGCAAUGAGCGCCAUUCGCCAUUUUCUGCAGGAAACUUACACGCAACCGGAGCUGGUUAUGCAUUACAUUCGGUGUGGUGGUACAUUUAAGCCACUGAUGGCCAUCCUGUCGUGUUGCGAGAAGGAUAAGCUGAACGAUAUCGCGGAUGUGCUGCAUUUGUUGCAGUUGGUUUUGCUACAGAGUUUGGAUUGUGACGCAACGCACCUGCAAUACGCCACCAAGUGUGCCAGGUCGAUCAUGCUCAACUAUCAGACCGUUAUAUGCAAUCUGCUGCAGGAUCAAGAUGCGAAUGCGAUUUCGAGUAAGGCAUCCGCUUUGCGGCUCUUGAAAGCAGUCUUGAUGGUAGAUAGUCAAACACACUGGCGAGAUGUGUUACGGCUGGUUGACACAUGCAGUUCCAAGAUGGGUAUGGCGGAUCAUCGUGAAUCUAUUAGGCAAACGGAGGGUUUUAUCGGAAACUCGUUGCGUACGGCAUUUAUCGAGUUUAAUUUAGCCUUUCUGAUCGAUACCCCAACACAACUGGUACGAUUCUGGUUGGCCCGGCCAGCACUCGUUUUCCCGCUGGUACUAAAUCUUGCGUUUGAUAGUUCAGAGAACGUGGUUCUGGUCAUGAAAACGCUACGGCAGUACGUGCUCGAUAAUCCUGACAUCGACAAAUACAUUUACCGGACCGCCUUCACACCGGACAUACUGAAGGCGUUGGUCCACGUGUACGAAUGGGUCGGUCCCGAGAAACAGAUGAUAAAGGAGCAGGAUAAACUACAGGUGCUGAACGCUACCGAAGAAUUCCUGCUACCAUUGCUAACUUCUCGUCGCUGCUUUUUAGUACCGAAAUCGAUUGAUCUAGAACGGGCCAGUCCGCGUUACCGGCAGCUGUUGCAAAACUUGAAACAUACCCAGCUGCACGAACACCAACGGCGCCUGGUGCUCAGUAUGCUCGAAAUGUGCCCGGAGGUGCUACCGGCAACGCUCGACAUGUACGGUGGUUUGCUGAAAUCGAAAUCGGAAGAAAUUCGCGAGAUGCUCAAAAAAAUGCUUGUGCUGUACAAACCGACCGAAUUGAUCGGGAAGCUGGAAAAGGGAGUAUCCGCCAAAGCACUGUCAGCGUUUGUAGUGCAAAGUACGUUGCCACGCACGUUCCUUGAACACAUCAGGGCAGCACUGGAUGCACAGAAGGAAAAAAUCCCCUACUGUCUAGAGUUUCUCGCGUUGAUGGUCACCCGAUGCGAGGAGUGUCUGCAAGCGAUUGAAAGCAGCGGCUUAUUGGAUCAGUUUGGUAGGAAAAAGGUGAAGGUUGACGCAAUUAAUAAGAUUGUGGCAAUGUUUCCCAGUAUCGAUCGCAUCAUGGCAGCGAUGGAAGCUCAUCGUGAUAAUAGUGCCGCCAAGAACCGGGAAGUAGCGCUAGAGCACGCGAUGGAUAUUUUGUUGGUUUGCAUUCGUUCGUUCCGUGCGUACAUCGAAUCUUCCUCGUUCGUUACCACCUUCCGUGACAUUUUACAACCGGCCUACCAUACCACGCAGGUAGAGAAAUACUUUUUAAACUACGAGUUCAAAGCGAUCAAGGUGAUCAUUGCGCUGGAACCGCAGAGUGUCUCCUUCAGUUCGGAUCUGUUCCCGUCCGUGUUUCUGCUGCUUACCAAAGCGUACUUCAACGGAAAAGACGAUAUGCGGCGUGAUGCCAUCGAGCAGUUGCUGACGCUGCUCCGCAACACGGCCCUGUUUGGUAACCGUGGUACGGAGAUUGAAUUCUGGUUUCAAGCACUUAGAGAUGUCGAGUCUACCACCUUGGUACCGGAACUGGUAAGCUUUUUAGCGAGCGAAGUGCAACGAGCCGCACAACAAAUCGGCCAAAAAGCGAAUGUCAAAUCUUCCAUCGACCACAGCUUAAUAGAUGGGGCGUUUAACUUUGGCGCAUCCGCGCGACAGAACGAACUGAACGCACUGUUCGACAGAGUGGAGCAGGAAACCGACGGUAUGGUUGCGUUCGCCGGAUCGGAAGCAUUGCUGGACGCGCAGGUAGAGCUUCCCGUCGCGGAUAACUUCUUUAUGCAUAUGUUUGACAAAAACACCACAAGACCCGCACAGUUCCGUCUAUAUUUUGAAGCAGUAGCAUUACGCUACCUGCACUACAUACCGCAUCCGGAGAUCGUACAUCGUGCUGUGAAGGAGCUCGACGAUGGCAGUGUAUCGGCCGCAGUUUAUAAGUACGCAAACACCUGGCUAACGGGCAAUGAGUUGGCUCUCAACUUCGGCGGAGCAAAAUUUCGUCCACUGAGCACAGCGUUAAUAGCGAAGGACAAAAGUUUCACUCUGGGCAAGGAAUUCUACAGCCACACGAAGGAUGUGCGUGCUGUGUUGUUGAAUAUGUUCCAUCAAACUCUAUUCUACUUCUGCCGCUGGGUAGCAUCAGGCAAACUUGACCCGAACCAUGCAGAAAUAACAAAGCACUACUGUAACCUGCUGCUUGAACAUCUACUCAAACCGGGCGUUCUGUCGGAGCAAGAUAUAGGCGAGCUGAUGGAAGGUGUUUUCCUGCAACGGCCCGUGAUCUUCCAACAUUUUACCAUAAUCAAGCGGAACGAAGAUUCGUUGCGCCGACAGGUGUCCGAGUUCGUGUAUGAUCUAAUGCAGAUAAUACACCAUUUGCCACACUUUGAAACGUACACAGAGUUGUACUCGAACAAGAUCAUUACCGAGCUGAUCCAAGUUUCGACGGAAAACGCCCAUACGUUCCUGGACGGCGAACUAGCCGAGAAGCUGUUAGCUAUUUUUAAACUCAACGAGCGUCACUGUGCCACGCUUCUGCGUCACUACGCACAACUGCCUGCUGAGAUCUUCGUGAACGGUAGUCAACGCUCGUGCCAUUACCAGCAGCUGUGUUUCGCAAUGCAGCAGCUGAUAGUGCACAACCGGUGCCGGCAAGAAUUCUUCCUUCCGGAGGAAACCGUUCAAGGCUUGGUGCGUAUCUACAUGGAAUGUGGGCAAAGCAAAGAAAGCGACAGCCAGAUGAUCGAGUUGGAGGAGCUGGAACAAAAGCUUUGCGAUUAUUUCGAUAUGUUUCCGCACAGCAUCGCGCACGUCGAUCCCGCCCUGAUGCGCGUGUUCAUGGACAAUAAUCGGCGAAUUAGCAAAGCGACGAUAAAACUUGCGACAUUCUUACUAGCGCGCUGUUCUCACUUGCACGCACCGUUCCUGCAGCUCGUGGGCCAGAAUGUGGCGAAAAAGGAACUAGUGUAUCCUUUGCUAAAUGUUGCCUUCAGACGAGGCAUUAUUACCGAGAGCACAGCCGAAGCACAGGAAGGCAAACAAUUGCUGGCGCAGAUCUACGCAGAGUUUAAAGGUCCCAUCCUGAAGAUGCUGGAAAAACCAAACAAAGCGGCAGUGAUAUAUCGCGAUAAUGCGCUAGCAAGCGAACAACUCGUCCGGCUGUGUAUGCCACGCAACGAAUGUGUAGAUUAUGCACGGAAAAAGCUUCGUAUCGAGGCGGUAGAAACGUUCCAGCUGCGAGUGCUGAUGGAGAUCUAUGGGGCAGCACUGAAGACAUCGUCGGAGAGUGGCAAUGCAAACGUACUGCAUACUAUCUACUGCAACGGGUUCAACAUGUUGUUGCAAUGUUUCGAGGUACUGUUACGUUCCAUUUCGUCCGCACAUUAUCUGCUGCAGCAGGAUGCACACAUGCAGCGAUUAAACGAGCUGACACUUGCAACAUAUCGGUGGGCAAAGCAAUCUUCGCGCUACCACAUCAAGGCGGACAAGAUGUCUUUCGGGUCGGUAACAAAGACAGGCCAAUGGAACACAUUUUGUAAGAACUGUCUUAAGUUUGGUUUGGAAACAGUACGUCGGAGCGAUAACGAUCGACGGUUCGAUGAGCGUUUGCAUGUGCUGCUCAAGUUGAUGGCGGUUUUGGUAGACCUGUUGUACGUCGACGAUGGAAAGGAACAGGCGGAUCUCGAACGCUACUAUGACUGGGCUCUGUCACACUCGAACUUUCUGCGUGUGCUGCUGGUGCAGUAUCAAUACCUGCCGAAAACUGCUCUCGUACAGCUGUUGUAUGCGCUGGCACGCAAAAAUCCAACAGUCGCAAACCAGAAGCAUGUCCCGGUGUUGUUAGGAGCGUAUGGGGCCACACUCACAGACGCUAACCGCUACAUUCUGGCGCUUCUCCAGCACUAUGAACGUUCGGGCGUGCAGAUGCACGAGUUUCGACCAUUCUUGUGGGGUGAAACGGCUAUUAAACAUUUCUCCCUGGAAUCUAGAACCACGGCGGAAGGGGAUGGACAAGACUCAGGUCGUGGACCGCAGAACUCAUUCCGCACGAACGUUACGGAGGUGUUUUCGUUGCUGGUGGAAGAUAAGGUUAUCAAUAUGAUCGAAAAUUUCCCCGUGUGGCGAAAGCUGGACGCAUGUGCGCAACUACCGGAGACAAACUUUGACCAGCUCGCCGAACAGUCGGAUACGGAAAAACGAGGACUGCUGGUGGAUUAUCAAGCGAACACCCCUGUGGAGCGGUUCGUUGAAAAGUAUCGCCGAGGAUACGGCAAAAAGCUUCAUCCGCACAGCGAUCUGCUGGAAAUGCACACCACCAACACAGAGCAGAACUCCGUAACGUACGAUCCCGCAUUCCUGAUGCCAAUGAUGAACUACCUGUACUCGAGCGAGCAGUCUGACAUGUUGCGCCGGGGCAUUCGGUCCGGCAUCCUUACGUUACCAUUCUUGUGCCUCGCGAGCAACGAUGAGCAGAUGCGUCUAGCGGCCGGCAGUGUACUGCUGCGCAUUCGUAGCCACUUAGAGCUAACGAAGCGACUGACCGACUCCAAGACAUGGCAGCAUCUGUUCGCCAUCGUGCAACGACGGUUUAUCGAGAUGUACGCGACGGCGGCUAGUUACAACGAAGAUGUGCACAAACAUGGACACGUCCCGAGAGCACCGUACCUGUCGAUGCUGUUCAUCGCCGAAACCGUCAAGCUGAUGCCGAACGUGCUGAGCAAACUGCACGCACCGAUGACGCAGUACCUGAUCAACCAGGAUGUGUACAAUUUCCGCAUGGUGCCCAACUUUUUGCCGCUGUUCAACAGCAGCGAUGUGGAGAACAACGUGCAGCGCAUGUUCAUGGUACGGACGCUUCAUCUCGGCGUGAAGUCCCAUCGCGACUUUGCGGUACUGCGUGCCUCACCCAUCAUACAGGUGAUGAUGGGCUUCCACGGUUCCCCACUCUCGAACCGCGAGCUAAACAUGGCCAUCCUGAACCUGCUGAACGCGAUUGCGAAAAUUCCCAAAUCCUGCCAAUAUCUGGUGGAUUCCCUAGGGUUUGUCGGAUGGCUAAGCGAGCGCAUUGACGUGAUAGAGAGUUUCGAAUUCGACACGAUCGAAGCCUUCCUGGGACUGCUGAGUGACUGCUGGUACUCGAUGCAGGUGAUGGCAAGCACGUACGGAGCCCCGUCUCAACAUCAUCCCCGCUCGACGGUGUUCUUCCAGCGUGGCAUACUGAUUUUAACGCUCAAGUUUCUUCCACUGCUAUCGCCGCGCAGUACAAGCAACACGCUGACACGGUUCCUAAAUUUGCUGGAAAAGACAACCUCCCCGUGGCACGGUUACCAGCAUCUGAUGUCGCUGGUCAGUGGCGAGGUGAUACAGCAGCUGAUGGACUACUUUGAGGAGCUGUUCGCCGAGCACAGUGAACAGUUGUCGUGCGUGCGGUACGUGCGACAAUGUGGAACGUACGGUAAAGACGAUGACCUGACGAUGGGCAGAAAGAUGCAGGAUGCGGCGGUGGAUCAUACAUCCAUUCUCGUUGUGCUAGCAUUGCGAAGGUUCGUUAUGCGCUGGUGCAACUGUCAAAAGGAUGGCACGGGCGUGGAAGUAAAGGAUGAGUUGGAGGAGGUAGACGUUGUGAUGGAAGGCGUUAACACGGCAAAUGACGAUGAAGAGGACGGUGAUGUAAAGGAGCCAGUAGGUAAUGCAAACAUUGAAGAGGAUGAGACACCGACGAAGGAAUAAAAGUGUUUGAUGAUAUAGAAGUUUUGUUAAAAUUGAUCAAAAAACUGCACACAAAUAAAUAAGAUAAGAAUAAAGAAAUGUUUCUCAA